AUGAAGCCCCCCGCAGACUGUGCCGGUGACGUCCUGGACGCGGUGUCCCCAUGCUCUGUGGUGAACUACCUGCGCUGGGACCUAAGUGCCCAGCAGAUCCAGGCCCUCACCCAGGAGCUCAUGGAGAAGACCAAGCACGUGUAUGACAAGGUGGGCGCCCAGGCACGCGAGGAUGUGUCCUACGAGAACACUCUCAAGGCCCUGGCUGAUGUCGAGGUGUCCUACACGGUUCAGAGGAAUAUCCUGGAUUUCCCCCAGCACGUCUCCCCGUCCAAAGACAUCCGCACGGCCAGCACCGAGGCCGACAAGAAGCUGUCGGAGUUCGAUGUGGAGAUGAGCAUGCGGCAGGACGUGUACCAGAGGAUUGUUUGGCUGCAGGAAAAGGUGGAAAAGGACGCACUGCGGCCUGAGGCCCGGCGGUACCUGGAGCGGCUCAUCAAGCUCGGCCGGAGGAACGGGCUGCACCUGCCCGAGGAGACCCAGGAGAAAAUCAAGAGCAUCAAAAAGCAGCUCAGCCUCCUGUGCAUCGACUUCAACAAGAACCUCAAUGAGGACGCGACCUUCCUGCCCUUCACGAGAGAGGAGCUCGGAGGGCUUCCCGAGGACUUUCUGAACUCCUUGGAGAAGACAGAGGACAACAAGCUGAAGGUGACUCUCAAGUACCCCCACUAUUUCCCCCUUCUGAAGAAGUGCCACGUGCCCGAGACCAGGAGGAAGGUGGAAGAAGCCUUCAACUGUCGCUGCAAGGAGGAGAACUGUGCCAUCCUCAAGGAGCUGGUGGCCUUACGGGCACAGAAGUCCAGCCUGCUGGGGUUUAGCACGCACGCUGACUACGUACUGGAGAUGAACAUGGCCAAGACCAGCCAGGUGGUGGCCACCUUCCUAGACGAGCUGGCCCAGAAGCUGAAGCCCCUUGGGGAGCAGGAGCGCGCUGUGAUCCUGGAGCUGAAGAAGGCCGAGUGUGAGCGGCGGGGGCUGCCGUUCGACGCGCGCAUCAAUGCCUGGGACAUGCGCUACUACAUGAACCAGGUGGAGGAGACGCGCUACAGCGUGGACCAGAACCUGCUCAAGGAGUACUUCCCCAUGCAGGUGGUCACGCGCGGGCUGCUGGGCAUCUACCAGGAGCUGCUGGGCCUGGCCUUCGAGCAGGAGGAGGGCGCCGCCGUGUGGCACGAGGACGUGCUGCUGUACUCCGUGCGCGACGCGGCCUCUGGCCAGGUGAUCGGCAAGUUCUACCUGGACCUGUACCCUCGGGAAGGCAAGUAUGGGCAUGCGGCCUGCUUUGGCCUGCAGCCGGGCUGCCUGCGGCCGGACGGGAGCCGCCAGAUCUCCAUUGCGGCCAUGGUGGCCAACUUCACCAAGCCCACACCGGACGCCCCGUCCCUACUGCAGCACGACGAGGUGGAGACCUACUUCCAUGAGUUUGGCCAUGUCAUGCACCAGCUCUGCUCCCAGGCGGAGUUCGCCAUGUUCAGCGGCACACACGUGGAGCGGGACUUCGUGGAGGCGCCCUCGCAGAUGCUGGAGAACUGGGUGUGGGAGCGAGAGCCACUGCUGCGCAUGUCCCAGCACUACCGCUCGGGCAGCGCCAUGCCCCCCACGCUGCUCGACCGGCUCAUCGAGUCCCGGCAAGCCAACACCGGUCUCUUCAACCUGCGCCAGAUUGUCCUGGCCAAAGUGGACCAGGCCCUUCACACACAGACAGGCGCUGACCCGGCCGAGGAGUAUGCCCGGCUCUGCCAGGAGAUCCUGGGGGUCCCCGCCACGCCAGGCACCAACAUGCCGGCCACUUUCGGCCACCUGGCGGGAGGCUAUGACGCCCAGUACUACGGCUACCUGUGGAGUGAGGUCUACUCCAUGGACAUGUUCCACACGCGCUUCAAGCAAGAGGGCGUCCUCAGCAGCAAGGUGGGCCAGGACUACCGGAGCUGCAUCCUGCGGCCCGGCGGCUCCCAGGACGCCAGCGCCAUGCUGAAGCUCUUCCUGGGCCGUGAGCCCCGGCAGGACGCCUUCCUCUUAAGCAAGGGGCUGCAGGUGGAGAGCCACGAGCCGCCAGCCUGCUGA